AUGGAGAGCGCGGCGGUAUUGGAGGCCUCGGCACCCCCCAUGAUGAUGGACGCAGAGGCGCUCGACAAGGAAAAGCAGCACCAGCUGGUGGCCUCUUCGUCUUUGUCGUCGUCUUCUUCGUCGUCGUCGUCAUUGCCGCCUUCCGCUCCCUCGCUCGUCGCCUCGCUCGCCACUCCGGCCUUGCCCGAGAACAGCGGCGAGCAGGCGACCUACGUCGACGUCGGCCAGGCCUCCCCCAGGCAGGAGCCCGGGGGCCUCGCCGUGGGCGGGCUCCCUAUGAUGAUGGUGACGGGCGCAGGCCCGAGCGGCGGCCCCGACUUUGGCGGUGGUGACGCCACCAGCGGUGUGGGCAGCCGACCGCGAGCGGACACGGUGAUGAGCGAAGAGGACGAGAACGAGCUCGACGCUGCGGUGUGCGGCGACGACUACAUCGACGGCGACCUGCAGCUCAUGGCCCAGGUCGUACUCGGUACCUGA